AUGGCUAAGCAAGAAGACUUCAGUGUCUUGAUUGUCGGGGCUGGGCCAUCUGGAUUACUACUGGCGUUACUGCUGGCAAGGAAGGGCAUCAACGUGAAGGUAAUUGAGAGGAGCAGCGAGUACGACAAGCAGCCGCGAGCAAGCUUCUACAGUUACCCGGCGACAUAUGAGUUCAAACGGGCGGGCAUUCUCGACGAUGUCAAGGCAAAAUCCUUCUUCGCCGAUGGUGUGUCUUGGAGACAGAUCGACCACUCCCUCGUGGCUCAGAUCAGAACGGACGAUGCGCCCGAAGACAUGAAAAACAUUUCUCUUCCACUGGACGAGCUGCUACCCUUGAUAGGAUCUCACCUAGACAAGCAGCCCACUGCGGAAAUACUAUGGUCGCACACAGUCACGGCGCUUGGCCAAGAUGACACUCAAGCUUGGGUAUAUGUCGAAACGCCGAAUAGUAACCAGAGGCUAAGCGCCACCUAUCUUGUGGGCUGUGACGGCGGUGGUAGCAAGAUACGGCGAGAAUUAUUUGGCUCCAACUUUCCAGGAAGGACUUGGGACGAGCAGAUCGUCGCCACCAAUGUCUAUCUGCCGGAUCUCAAGAACCAUGUCCCGCCAGAUUGGACGAGCUCAAACUUCAUGGUCAGCCGCGACCACUUCCCUAUGAUCGCACAAAUCAGCAACGACGGUCUGACCAGGGUUACAUACGGCGAGGACGGCGGGUUAUCGUACGAUGAGAUGCGAGCGCGACAGCCAGAGAAGUACAAGGCCUUCGUACCGGGAAAGCCAGAGCCGUCGGAUUAUAAGCUCAUCAACUUUAGCCCGUACAAGAUUCAUCAACGUCUGGCGGAGCAUCUGCGGGUAGGACGAGUUCUACUGGCAGCGGAUGCUGCCCACCUGUGCAACCCAUUUGGCGGCAUGGGUCUCACAGGCGGCUUCGCAGACGUAGGAGGCCUAUACGACUGUCUUUAUGGCAUAUACUCCGGCCAAGCGGACGAUAGCAUCCUGGACAAGUACUCCGAGAUUAGGCGUCAGAAGUACCUCGAUAUCAUUGACCCGAUCUCAAGCGGAAACCUGAGGCGUUUGUGGGAUCCCAAGGCGAUCGAGGAGAACGACGACUUCAUCAAGAAUGUGAAGCGCGCACAGACGGACAAGGAGUUUGCGAACGAGAUGCAGCAGGGCGUUAAAGCGGUGAUGUAUGACUUUACACAGCACUACAAUAAGGCCUAG